GAUGCUGGCAUCCGGGUUCAGCAAUGCACCACUGUCCAAGUACCUGGUCAUGGCGGUAGUGGCGGCAUCGCUCGUGGCCAGCAUCACCGACACCAAGCACCUGUUCUUCAUCAUGGUCAAGCCACACAUUUCCGACUACGGACAACUAUGGCGAUGCAUGACUUGGCCGCUGGUCUACACCAAUUCGACAGAGGUCCUGUUCUCAGCCAUGACACUGUACCAACUGCGCGUCAUUGAGCGUCUUUGGGGUUCGCGCAAGUUCGCAUACCACGCCGCCAUUCCUUACAUGUACAAAUACCAACUCUCUGCCACGGACUCUCCACACUCCACUACAACCUCCUCCACCAUCAACCUGACUUCAAAAUCUACGUCUUAUCUGCUACCCCUUCAACUCGCGCUUUCCCAAUUGCCUGGCUCUGCUAUUGUUGCUGCAGUGGGUUGGUUGGUAGGGUAUGCCUACAGAAGAGAGAUACUUCCUGGAGCUGCGACGUGGAGACUACCAGAUAUGGGUGCUGGAAAGAGAGAAAGAGAGAGGUUUGAGGGACUGAGGAGACGCAUGGAGGGAGAGGCUGCUACGGCUAGUGGAUCAUCGAGGGUUGAAGAGGCUGAGGGCGGUAGGAGGAGGACUAUUGGCGGACAACUUUUGGAUCAAUUUAGAGGUUCU